AUGGUCGGAUCGUUGUUGAGCUACAUCGGGCUCGGCGGCGCUGCGCCAGCAUCACCAUCAGAGAACAGUGCCGUUCGUGCUCUGCCGGGCAACUGGUACACUUCAGAAGAGAUGUACCAGCUAGAGAGACGUGCCAUCUUCUCCCGCCGGUGGCUCAUCCUCACACACAAGUCCAGGCUUUCGAAGCCCGGUGACUGGCUGCGCUACAACUGUGCCAACUACGACUUUGUCGUCUCCAAGGACCGAAACGGCGAGAUCCACGCUUUCCACAAUGUGUGCAGGCACCGGGCAUAUCCUGUCGUUGAACAAGAGGAGGGCAACUCCAAGAUUCUCUCAUGCAAGUACCACGGAUGGUCAUACGGUCUGAAUGGCAAGCUCGCAAAGGCUCCCGGGUACCAGGAUCUCGAUGGCUUUGACAAGACCAAGAACGGUCUCCUCCCAAUCCACGUCCACAUCGAUCCCAAUGGGUUCGUCUACGUCAACAUGGACUCAAAGAAGGUGCCCGAUGUGUCUUGGGACGAGCAGUUUGAAGGUACCGAUCAGCAAGAGCGAUUCAAGCAGUUUGACUUUGACGACUACGAAUUCGACCACUCAUACUCCAUGGAGGGCGACUUCAACUGGAAGAUCCUCGCCGACAACUUCAACGAGUGCUACCACUGCAAGACAACACACCCCGACUUGCCUGCCAUUGCCAACCUCGAGACAUACGACGUCCAAUGCUCAGCGGAUCACAUCGACCACGAUCCCAAGAGCAAUCCGGAUCAGGUCAAGCAGGGUCUCAACAUCUGCUCCACGUACCUGUUCCCUCACUCCUCCUACACCGUCAGCCCGCACUUUAUGUUUAUGCAAAAAUUCAUGCCAUCCGGCCCCAGCAAGAGCGUCAUGUACUACGAAGUGUGGAAGAAUCGCGACAGCACGCGCGAGGAAUUCGACCGGCUGAACCUAGUGUACAAGCGCGUCAUGGCCGAGGACAAGGUGCUGUGCGAGCGCGCGCAGAGGAACAUCAACGCCGGCGUCUUCGUCAACGGCGAGCUGCACCCGCACUUGGAGAAGGGCCCGCUGUUCUUUCAGAAGCGGUGUCGCGAGAUUGUCAUGGAGCAUGCGAAGCGCGAAAAGGCCGGUGGGAAGCAGAUCUGGCCCGCGAAGCAGGCGCUGGAGAAGGAGGGGAACAGUGCGGUUAGCAAUGAGGAUGUUGAUUUCUGCGAGGGGCUGGCGUGUGGGAGCGAUGGCGAUAAGAGCGAGUUGGCAUGGUAG